CGAUCCAGUCGCGGCGAAACCUGCCGCUAGCGCGAACCCCGCGACCUCUCGCGAUCGAUACAGACUACAAAAAAAAAUAUAAAUCAAAUAAUACCCCCGUAAAAGAUUAAAGAUAAACACUACCCCAUAAUAACAUUGAAUUAUCGGCAUAGCGAAUGUUAAAUUCUCUAUCGCGCUGAUGGCAUCGGUCAUUUCUAUAUUAAACUCAAAACCAACCGCACUCUGUUUCGAAGCAAAUGUGUAAACAGUUAUAAUGUGCUACUGAAUGUUGAUAUAGUGUAGUGGUAGAAGAUAAGUAGGUAAAUAAAUGUGGCGGUGAUCCGUAUGAGGUGAAACUAUGACGUCACUGAAGCAUGGAGUCAACUUGAGCCGUCGGGCGUGUAGGCAGCGCUUGGCUCUGCUCGCCGUUGGGAUUCUUCUGGCUGCAGCGUCUGCGAAUCCGAUAGAAAGCACCACGAAACAGAGUCCGUCCAUAACUGUUGAUGGGAUCUCCACGUACCCGGGUCUGGGUUUCGGGCCCAUGGGUCCCGUGGCGCCGUUGCCAGGAGCCCCCGGCACCCAGCUGAGGCAACAGCAGAUCACCACCACGGAAGCCGUCACCACCGCCAAACCGAAGAAGGAGCGGACGUUUGUGAUUGCAGCAGUCGAAUUCCAUCGUGUUGAAACGCCAUUCUUGAUUGGCGUAUGGAUCUUUUUUGCUAGCAUUGCUAAGAUAGGAUUUCAUAUGGCACCAAGAUUAUCAAAAAUGUUUCCAGAGUCAUGUCUCCUUAUUUUUGUGGGAGUCUUAAUAGGCGCAAUUCUUUUAAGUACACACAGUGUUCAUGUGCAGCCUUUAACGCCAGAUACCUUUUUCCUUUAUAUGCUACCACCAAUCAUAUUGGACGCCGGCUACUUUAUGCCUAAUCGAUUGUUUUUCGAUCACCUUGGAACUAUUCUCUUGUUUGCUGUAGUAGGAACAGUAUUCAAUACUCUAACAAUUGGUACUUCUUUAUGGGCUUGUGGACAAACAGGAAUGUUCGGAUGUCCAACACCAUUACUUGAUAUGCUUUUGUUUGGAGCCCUUAUAUCCGCUGUAGAUCCGGUUGCAGUGCUUGCUGUAUUUGAAGAGAUUCACGUAGACGAAGUGCUUUACAUCGUAGUAUUUGGAGAAUCUUUGCUCAAUGACGCAGUUACUGUUGUUCUUUAUCACAUGUUUGAAGCUUACACAGAAAUGGGUGCUUCACGACUAAUGUAUACAGACUUCUUGGCCGGCUUUGCUUCAUUCUUAGUAGUAGCCGUUGGUGGUACAUGUAUUGGAGUAGUAUGGGGAUUUGGUACUGGCCUUGUGACUCGCUUCACAAAUGAAGUCAGAGUCAUCGAACCAAUAUUUAUAUUUGUGAUGGCUUAUUUGGCUUACCUUAAUGCUGAAAUGUUCCAUAUGAGUGGGAUUCUUGCUAUUACAUUCUGUGGCAUAACAAUGAAGAAUUAUGUUGAAGCUAACAUAUCGCACAAAUCGCACACCACAAUCAAGUACACGAUGAAAAUGCUUUCGUCGUCCUCUGAAACUAUCAUAUUCAUGUUCCUUGGCGUUGCGACAGUGAACAAUAAUCACGAUUGGAACACGUGGUUUGUCUUGUUAACUAUAGUUUUUUGCUCAGUCUAUCGCAUAAUAGGAGUGUAUAUAUUUAGUGCGGUAGCGAAUAAGUUCCGUCUUCACAAAUUGAAUACCGUCGAAAAGUUUGUUAUGUCUUAUGGAGGUCUCCGAGGCGCGGUCGCAUUUGCAUUGGUGCUAUUAAUAGACCCAGAAGUGGUUCAUCUUCAGCCAAUGUUUGUAACCACGACGAUAGCAGUGAUCUACUUCACCGUGUUUAUCCAGGGAAUCACUAUCAAGCCAUUGGUUAAGAUACUAAAUGUGAAGACUGGUGAGAAAAGGAAACCGACAAUGAAUGAAAGAAUCCAUGAGAGGUUUAUGGAUCAUUUAAUGGCAGGUGUUGAGGAUAUUUUAGGAAAACAUGGCAACCAUCACAUAAGAGAUAAAUUCAAGAGAUUUGACAACAGAUUUAUUCGACCAUUCCUACUUAGAAAUUAUCAGGGAGCUGAGCCCAAAAUUUUGGAAACCUAUUCAAAACUAGCUAUGAAAGACGCAAUCGAGUAUAUGCAAAGAAAUGCGUCAACUAUUGGUAAUAUAUCUGGCGCAGAGUCUAUGUCAGCUAUUUUUAAGAACUAUACAAGCGCUAAUUUUAAUGGAAGCCCAAGCUUUAGUCAAUUAGACACCUCAACGUGGAAUAUUGAUAUGCAAGAAUUGGAAUACAAUCCGUCCAAAAAAGAUUUGACAGAUGCUAGGAUUCAUCAUCUUCUUGCUGAAGAACUCUGCAAACCAUAUCGACGACAUCGUCGAUUAAGCUACAGUAGACAUGCCGUAAACGACCGAGAUUUGGGCACACAAGUGAACUAUAAGACUCAUAUGAAUAUACGGCGUCUAGUAGGAGACAGGAAACACCAUCACAAGCGCAGUAAACGAGGAAAGCAGGAUGGAAAGAAUCAUGUUACUUUCCCAGAAUUCCAGCAAAAUGGUUCGGCCAAACAGUUCACGCACGGUAAAAAAAAAUAUUAUAGAUUAGAUUAUAUUGAUGAGGUGCUACAAGAGGACGAUGAGCAACCCCGCAGAGAACCAGACGAUGGCGGUAUUACUUUCACUGCCAAAUCCCCGCCUGGAUAUGAUGAAGUCAGUCCGACGUCCUCGCAUAAAGAGAACAGUAGUUCUCUGCUAAAUCAAUUGGCUAACUUGCCUGGCUUCAACCCUCUCAAAGCAAGAAUUGUUAAGCAGUAUGCUAAAACACCAGAAGAGAUACUGCCUACAGCUGUUGAGAAAUCAUUACCGUGGAGAAGGGACAGAUCCACGUACAAUUUCGUUCCCAAUGAAGACAUUCUUGAAGAAGAUGAGAGAAGGAUGUCUGAUGAUAAUGAUACAUACAUGACAGUCGCAGAACAAGCGCGGGUCGCCACCCCAACGGCAACCGAGACUAUGUUGCCAUGGAAACGGGAGGAAGCCGAAGGGACAACCGCCCUAAAGCAAUCCGAGUUUCCCUCUUGGGCUUCUAACAAGGAAUAUUUGGCUUACAGUUCACCAUCUGCUACAUUUUUAGGUGGUAUAGAGAAGCCAAAACAUCCAAAAUCUAUCAUAGGUCUGUUCCGAAGAGAGAGCUCUAGUUCAACGCAAGCUGCAGAUCUACCAGUUCUGUCAGAUUCUGAAGGAAAAGCAGAUUCAAUUAAAGGCGAGAGCUCAUCUAAAGCAGAUCAUUUUGGACACUCGAGACAACAUCCAAGUUUAUUAUCCAAGAGAAGCACAAGCCUUGGUGGACCGUCGGUGUUGUUGAUGGAAGAUGUCGCUCAUUCUGAUCCACUUGGUGCAUCUUCACGACCUGCCAGCAUUAUGCAGGGUCCACAUCGAGGGCAGUGCAGAAGGGGAUCUAUGUUAGAAUUAACAGGAUCUCUGUCCCGUGAUGCGAUAACUGAAGAAAAAUGCAGCAAGUCACUUCCCGAAAGCGAAAGGAUGGGCGUGCGGCGGCUUGCCCUGGGACAACAAAGCUUACCCAGGGAACCAUUCAGUCGCCAGCUCACCAUGGCCUCCACCCUCCUCACCAGCUCAUCGUCCGACGAAUCCUCCGAUGAGAACACCUGAGUGCCCCGUCGUGGCAACCACGACAGGUUGCCACUGUUAAAAUAUAGGACACUAGAGUAAGUCUCAAAAUUAGCCUGGUUGUAAAGCCACACCUAGGCCUCCGAUGCGUGCCAUGACAUAAUCUCGUUAAGAAAAAAAGACACAAUCGACCAAUGGCGACUGAACCGGAAAUAUCGCUUUCUCUUUCGUCUUGUCGCAACGAAAGAGAGAGCGAUAUUUAUUUUAUUGUUGUCUUUACGAGAUUAUUGUGGCGUGUUUCUUAGGCUUAUUACACGUGUAUUCAAUUGAAUAUUUUUGUAUGAUAUGGUAUUUGAUAUGGUGUAUUUGUAGCGGGAGAUUUGAUCGCAUUGUGAUAGCACACUUUAGCUAUAGCAUUGAUUGUAUUUGUACGUACUUUUACCUUCUAAAAAUUGUACUAUACAUAGUGAAAGCCUGUGCUAUGCUAUUUUUGGUUUAGUUUGAUAUUAUAUAGCUAAGGACAAGACGAUUGGUAGAAUCGUACUCUUUAGAAAACAAUGAUUCAAAUAGAAAGGUAAUUAUGUAUUUAGGGGAUAUUUUUGUUGUUACUCAAGUUCUAAUAGAUUAAGCUUAAUUUGGUCAUUACAUAAGUAGGUUGACCAUUCUAUAGAUAAAUUCAUAACUUACAACUUGAACACACUAUUUGAUUUUAAUGAUUUUAAACUUAUUUCGUGGUUGUUCAUUAUGAAUGUUAUUUAAACGGGUACAUACCACGAUAAAACGACGAGAUUUUUAUUGAUAUUUCGACCCAGUUGCAUGGAUCGUGGUCACGACGGGACUGAAGUUGCGAGAUGAGAAGUGAAGUCAGCUGUUAGGGGCAAAAUCGAUCUACCCUCUUUCUUGUUCUUUUUCUUUUUUCAACGACCUCGCGUUUUUGGCUGUUUAGGCAAACCACUAAAUUUUUGUAUUUUCGAAUUUCAAUGGCUUCUCGAACUCGGGGUAUAUAGUGGCGGUCCGUGGAAAUAAUGCGUGGAUUAUGGAUCUCAAUCCAAUGUUUAGUUCCCGGUUGUAGAAUGUGAUCAGCUAUCGCAGACUUUUGCGGGUCGUUGUUUUUUAUCGCUCGUAUAUGUUCUGUUACACGGGUUGCUAUGGGCCUCUUCGUUUGUCCAAUAUAAGAGCUACCACAGCUGCAGUCGAUUUUACAAAAAUUUCAAUCGGGAAGAUGGUUUCAAACUAGCCAGCGAGUGGAACCCGGUGGUAGAAUUGUGCAAACCAAGAGGGCGCCGCGACACGCAUAAUAACAAAAGCGAUGUCGUGAGUGUGGUUUGCCUAAACAGCCAAAAACGCGAGGUCGUUGAAAAAAGAAAAAGAACAAGAAAGAGGGUAGAUCGAUUUUGCCCCUAACAGCUGACUUCAUCUAUUUGAUUUUAUUAUAAAGCAUAUUUCAAGGUGGUCUAUAUUUCUAACUAACAUCAGCUAAUUCAAGUGUUUUUUUUUAAGUAAAACAUGCAUUUUGACAAUCCUUAAUCAAAUCAAUUUCUUUUUAAACAACCAAAUUACGUUGAUUGUACAUGUAUUGUUUUAGGGAAAUAUAUUUUCAUUUACUUUUAAGUUUUAGUCAAUUGAAAACUAUGUGCCCAAAAAACUUUGUUCCUAAGAGAUGCGUUUUCGAAUGUUGCGGCAAAAUGUUGUUGCAUAUUUUGGUUCGAAAUAAGUAUUUAUUUAAUCCUAUCUAAUUAUUGUUUUGUUUAUGUUAUAAAUCAAGUUUUACCAUAUUUAAUCCAUUGUAUAAACUUGUAAUAAUCUUACCACAACACUGUGCCAUAAUACAUAAUAGUUUUACUAUAAAGGCAAUCUGAUAAACGUCAUUAAAAAUAAUAACUGUACCUAAUUAGGAAAUGGAACUUAUAAAUAUAUUUUUAUUAAAACUUGACCACUGUAUGCGCUUAUUUUCAUCACAUUUCUUUUGUAGGUAUUUCUGACGCUAGUCUGACUGGUCAGACUCAUAAGUCUAUUUUGUAACGAUAUUUUUAUAACUCGCUAGUACGAGUUUCGAAUACACCUCUAUCUCUCUCUGUCUAACAUUAUACUAUAGAAUGAGAAGGAUAGCGGUGAGUUCGAAACUCGCACUUGCGAGUUAUACAAAUCCUCGUUGGAUAAUAGCCAUGCUGCUAGGCUGUUCUGUAACGAUACUUUGUACAACUCGCAAGUGCGAGUUUCGGAUUCACCCCUAUCUUUCUCAUUCUAUAGUAUCGUGUUAGACAAAGAGAGAAAGAGGUGAAUUCGAAACUCGCACUUUAACACAUACAAAACAUCGUUAGAAAAUAGCCGUGCUGAUCAUGGUUUUUAUUGGUCAGCCCUUGUUGCGCUUCGACGACUAUCUUGAAGGCUCAUCAAGCUAUUUUUAAUUAAAACGUUUUUAUUUUAUUUUCCGCUCGAUAGAAAUCAAUAAUAAAAUAAGAGUCUGUUAGCCAGACAUACUCGUACUAUUAUAUGAUAGCUAGAAAAUUGUCAGACCUCCUAUUAUCACGAGUAAUCGUACGGUAGCUAAUUAUGGUCUUUGAACUGUCAAACGGCAAAACGAAUUGCUUAUGGUGAUCUACAGGGCAGUAUUUUAGACCCAACUCUAUUUCUUGAUUUUGUAAAGGACCUCUGUAACCUGCGUAUAAAUCAAUAAAAUAUAUAAUCAAUAUCUGCGUAUCUUUUGGACAAUUGUGUUGGCUUAUAAAACGAAAAAUUAAAACAAAAUCAUACUUACAAGAGAAAUUUAUAACAAUGACUCCAUAAAUGGCUACCACACAUAACUUUAAUAGAAGCAUAGCCUGAUUUUUCAAUCUUCAUAAAAUAAGAUAUGUCGCUAUUACUGACUCUUGUUCUAUAAUUAUUAAUAUAUUAAAUUGCCGGUAGAAAGUGAACCUCAUCAGUAUUUUUCUAUGCUCUUUUAUUAAACAUUGAACUGUGAAAAUUCGUGAUAAAUCAUCCUGGUAUUAAUAGAUAAAAAUAUUUAUAUUAUAUACAUACUUAUGUGUCCAGGGUCCGAGGGACAUUUUUAGAAUUUGAUAACUAUCAAGCUUUCAUUAUAAGCUGUUGCUUAAUCAAAGUUAUACCAGUUACAUUGUCCUACAAAUAUGGUGGUACGUUAUUCCGGUCUUACACUCAGAAUUUCUUAUUCUCUAGGGAUACUAUGGAAAAAGCAAUUCUGAAGUCUAAAAAUGUUCGCCUGAUCCUGAACUAUAAUAUCGUGUAUUACCUAUAUAGUGAUGUAGUGCCGAUUUUUGAUUACAUGGCACCUGUUGCCAAUGACAAUACAUAUUAGAAUAUUAUAUAUAAAAUAAUGUAAAUAUAUAAUUUAUUAUAACUUAUUUUAGAUAGCUAAUAAUACUAAUAAAUAAUCGAUUGAGGCUAAAUCCUUGUGCACAAAAUAUUCAGAUUCUUAAUUUUUUAGAGCACAAAACUACCGACAAAUUUGUUUUUAAAUGUACCUUAUUAUCAUAAAUAUAAGCAAUAAAUUAUAAUUUAUGCCCAAGAUACGCCGUGACAUAUCUCGAGAAGAUAAGAAUGACAUACUGUCAACCGAUAGCGCCUAACCGGAAAUAACGCUCUCUCUUUCGAUACUUUAAGAUGAAUGAGAAAGCAAUAUUUCGGGCUCGGCCGCCAUUGGUCGACAUGUCUUUUUUAACCGACUUCAAAAAGGAGGAGGUUCUCAAUUCGGUCGGUAUUUUUUUACAUUUCGAGAUAUAAUAUCGUGGCGCGUUGUAGGCCUGCAAAACAAAUUACCUACCUACAGACAAAACAAGAACACUUUAAAAUAAAUACACGUUAGUACGAAAGUUAAAUGUCGAAUACUUUAAUUUUUUUUAAGUCUUCUGAGAUCACAAUACCUAUACAGUAUGGAGGUUUGAACCUUUUUGAAAUUGAAUUUUUGUAUAUGCUUAAAAACAUUUUAAGCCACACACACACAGGCUUAAAUUAACACAAAUGUUCAUAAUUAUAUCAAACACAUUACGGAUUCUUUUCAAAUAUAGGGACAAUUUCACCUCGAGGAAGCCUAGCAAGCGACCAAGUGAAGAGAAAUAGACAAAAUUUCGCCCAAUGACGACGUAGUUGUCCCAGUCCUAUAUCUUUCUUCCUAACGCAAUGCAAGAGAUAGCGAUACUUCCAGUUGCGCCGCUAUUGGUUGAAAUUUGUCUAUGCCUCUUCACGAGACAUGUCAUUAGUCGCAUGUUAGCACUACUGGUGUUUAUAAUUUUUGAUGAACUAAUGGGAUAGCGACUGCAUUUACUUAUUGUAUUGCAUUUAUAAAGAUCUUUACUUACGAAAAUCUUUGUCACCUAUCUCAUCUACUUCAUAUCUAUAACAUGAAACCUCUCUAGAAUUGCAGUGCGAAUAUUAACCUCAUAGGCCCCAUUGUAACGGCGAAUUUUUUAGUCAGCCUCGGGUGCUGAAACCCAUGCGAUGCCAUUGAGGGAACGCUGUUAGUGUACAUUUUAUACAUAACUAGCGGACCCGGUCAAGCUUUGUUUUGACAUAGGUUCACUUAUUCUCUAUCCCUACUCUACCCUUCUAUACCUCUACCCCUACCCUACCCCUACCCUACCCCUACAUUACCCCUACAUUACCCCUACCCUACCCCUACCCCUACCCUACCCCUACCCCUACCCUACCCCUACCCCUACCCCUACCCUACCCCUACCCUACCACUACCAUACCCCUACCGCUUGACUCUUAAACGUUUGUAUGGGAAAUAGAAUAGGGCAGUUUUUAGGGUUUUCCCGGAAAUUAUUUGAUUUUUUUCUCACCUUUUAAACCUUCCCUAUACCUCCACGAACAUUUCAAGACCAAGAUAAGAUAAAUCCGUUAAGCCGUUCUCGAGUUUUAGCGAGACUAACAGCAAUUCAUUUUUAUACAUAUAGAAGAUAUGCGCACUUGUACUGUGUCUUAAAUUGAGUUCUACUAUAUCAUCAUCAUCAUCAUCAUCAUCAUUUUCGAACCAUAGUCCGAUGCCAUUGAGGGAACGCUGUUGGUGUACAUUUUAUACAUAAUAUGCGCACUUGUACUGUGUCUUAAAGUGAAUUCUUCUAUUAUCAUCAUCAUCAUCAUUUUCAAACCAUAGUCGGCUCACUGCUGAGUCUCCUUUCAAAAUGGGAAGGGUUAGGCCAGUAGUCCACCACGCUGGCCCAAUGAGGAUUGGAUUGGAGACUUCACACUCGCAGAGGAUUAAGAAAAUACUCUGAACAGGUUUCCUUGCCAUAUUUUUCCUUCACAUUCGUUUGAGACACGUGAUAUUUAAUUUCUUAAAAUGCACACAACUGAAAAGUUGGAGGUGCCUGCCCUAGACCGGAUUCGAACCCACACCAACCGGAAUUAGGUUAUAUCCACUGGGUUAUCGCGACAAUUCGUUCUACUAUAUUAUACAGCCUGUUAAUUUUUGUAGUACGAAAACUUUUAUUAAUGCUUCUGUAUCGCUAAGAGAAUAUAUUUUCAGUAACAGUCUGUAGGUAGUAUGUCCAUUAUUUUUGAACACUACUUACUGUCUAGCGCGCACGGCGGUCGUUGACCUUACAGCUGAUUGUUCUGUGUAUACAUGAUAGGGUGACCCUAAAAAUCGGUUUUAACACGUUCGCUGCGGUACGAGGUCAAUUGACCUCGUACGUCGAGCGUCUUCAAGAGUUACGAGGUCAAUUGACCUCGUACGUCUAGCGUCUUCAAGAGUUACGAGGUCGAUGGGACCUCGUACUACACCACAUAAAGUUUUAGUAUGAGGUCAAAAAACCUCGUACCGCACCAGAGGAAAGUACAGAAAUAUCAGUGCCGCAGCGAAUGAAUAAAAAAGAAAGAAUACGUCUCUAUUAAAUUUCGUUUAUGUACAAAACAUGAAAUUUGCGUACUCCAAAAAACUUCUUCCUGUAUGUGCGACAUGGGUUUAAUUAUUAUUUGAUUGAUGAAAAUAAUAGCAAACUGUAUUUUUCAUUGUUAAUCCUGAUCUACUAUAGAAAUUCAUACUGUCAUUGGCAAUGACCGACUUUACAACUUUUUGUAUAUAAGUAAUUACAUUAUAAAAUGUAGAAAUUCCUAAUGCUUGUAAGUUUGAACUUAGAAUAACUUGUAGUCGAAUUGUUACUAUGAUAAGUAGAUAAUUUGUUUGUAUUAAAAUUUAGUAUGUAAGGAUUAAAAUAAUUAAGGCAUUUAGUACAAUAAUAAAGCUAACGGGUUUGCCGUCAAUUUUGCAAUGUUUAUACUUUGUGUUAAAGGUACCUAAAUACAAUAUCUAUUAUUGUAUGCUUAUGUGUUUGUUUAACUGACCUCCAGUAAUGGAGAUGCUCUACUUUGGGAGUGUUUGUUUGAGUAGGUAAUACCUACGAGUAGGUUCUAGGUAGGUCCUUUUAAAUUAUUUUUUCAUUUCAGCAGCCUACAGAUAAAAACUAAACUUUUUAUACUAUUAUCCGCCAAUAUGGCACCCAAUGCCCGAACCACUUUUCCACGCUCCUCAAUUAGGUCGUUAAUGUAUAGAUAAAACAAGUCCAGAGAAGACAACCCACCUUGACGUACACCACACUCAACUUUAAAGUUACCAGGUUCUGUGUCACCCUACAGCACAGUAUUCGUCUGGUUCUCUUACCAGUACCUCAUCAGUUCGACAAUACUACUAUGUAUGUACAUACAUACAUUUUUCUCCAACACAGGAUUAAGGUUGUUUUCCGAUCACAGAUGUACUAAGUUGUGUAACAUGGAUGUGUGAUAAUCACAAUUACUAUGGAUCCUUGAUUUUCAUAGCUUAGCUUAUUUGAGCACCGAUCAAAACGCAUUCAAUGAAGGUAAAUGUUAUAUUUUUCUAAAGAUGCGUACGGACGAGAGCUAAAUACCAAGCUAAGCGAGAGAUAUGGUCAAUAGCACAUUUAGUGCUAUUCAGUGCUGUUACUAAGCUAUAACCUACCUCACAAACUGCUUAACUGCCUAGCACAUCUGCAGUGAAAAACAACUUAUGGCCUAGUUCGGACUAGUAUUUUAGUAUUUCAGUCGAUAGUUUAGUAUCUAGACACAGGAAUAAAACACUGAGCACUGUUAUUACGUGAAAUCCUUUAUUGCGAGAAUGGCCGCCGCUCGAUGACGCGUUCGUGCGUCGAUCUUGCUUUAUUAUGCAAGUACCUACAUUACAGAUAGGUACAAACAAUUUUUGGAUUUAUCGCCCAAAAAUCGACUAUUGUACUAGAGUAGUCCGAACUAGGAUUAAGAGCAUAUACAGCUUGAAUAGAUAAAAAAAGAGAUUAUUGUACUCAAAAGAAGGCUAGUGAGAAAAUAAUACUUACAUUAAGUAAAUUUUUCAUUAAGAGAAGUUUAGCGACGAAGAAAAGCGAAGUAGACGCGAAUUAAUAUAAAUGUCGAAUCUCUAAUCUCAUGUUUAUAUAUUGAAUUUUUCUACUACUAAAGUAUUUAGGUACCUACUACUAACCUAUAGUCUCUCUGUGAAUUUUUUUCACUCAUUUCACCUAUCAAAAAAAAAUUUAAUAUUUAUAGGUUCCAACAUGAUUCUUGGUCUUAUCCACUUAUUAAAUACCAAUUGGUGUUAACAUUUACUUACAUACUUCUUUUAUUUUCCUGCGGUAUACGUUAAAAUUUAAUUAUCUUGAGACAAACCGUUAGAAUGGAAAGAAAGUAACGAUACCUAGUUCUUUUGAUGUAGAGUGAAAUUUUAAGAAUUUUAAUAUCUCAACUUCAUGCCAAUUUACCUUCUUUAAUGAUUUCUUUACAGAUUUAUGUACAAAUAUAAUUUAAAUUUUCUAAAUUGAUAAUCUUGAUAAUUUAAAAAGUUAAGGCCAAAAGUUACUUUUGUAGAACUUCAAUUUUAGCUUGAAGUAUAAAAUAAAAUAUCUAUUUCAGACUUAUAAUCUGCUAUCGAAAAUAAUUUUCCUUACAGUUACAUGCUAAUGAUUUAUCUCAAGAAACUGAACUACUACACUAAUGUACCUACUACCUAAACUAUUAUUUGUAGUUUUUGUUAAUUUGGAUCACGAGAGUUGUGAUAUUUACGUAAUUAUAAGUAUUGUUUUAUUAUAUAUAAAACAAACGUAAUUUAAGAACGUUUAUUACUUACACUGUAUAAUAUAGUCAUAAUAAUCGUGUAUUGUUAUAAUAAAGCGUAGAAGACGUUGAUAUGUAGAUAGAAAUUGGACAAUAGUUUUUAAUUUGGUAUUUUUGAGCACUUAGUAAAAAUUGUCUUAUGGUAACGCUCACAAAAUGUCCUAGAAAUGUUUUUUUCAGAUAGCAUGAGUACGGUGACAGUCGCCUGUAUGACGUUGUUAUUAGGUACGUACUAAUAUCGUGAAUCGCGGCAAACUCUCAAGCGUAAAACGAACUGUCACCCGCACCAUCCUACAUGAAACGAACUGUACUACUAACUAAAUUGUCGACCAUUAUAUUAUUGGAAUCGAAAAUACUUAGCGAUGGUAAGGUAAUGGCAGUGGCGUAGCGUGGGGGCAUAUGGGUGGAUUGCCCCAGCCAUCAUAUUAACACGUUCGCUGCGGUACGAGGUCAAUUGACCUCGUAUGUCUGGCGUGUGCAAAAGUUACGAGGUCGAUGGACCUCGUACCGUACUACAUCAAGUUUUAGUAUGAGUUCAAAGAACCUCGUACCGCACCAGAGGAAAGUGCACUAAAACCAGUGCCGCAGCGAAAGUUUUAAAGCGGUAAGUGUCACCCACGGUUUUGUCAAUUGAAAAUAUAAAAUUCCAAAUACAUGCUACGCACCCCCUUAAAACUCACGAGACAAAAUGUAACACAAAAAUAAGCCUCUUCAAAGCCACUAGGUAUCUAAUAUUUUACUCGUUCGCUUGGCCAUUUCAGUGAUGGUGGCAGUUAUAUGUAUUAUUUGGCUUUGCUUUAAUGGCCCUCGUUACAUGACAGUGGCAUAAAUAACUAACUAUAAAGCAAUAAUUGAAAUACAGGCGGCAAAUUGCCAGUCGGUCCUGGGCGGUGAAAAUCCGCGCUGCGCUAACUGGCGGUAAUGUACAAUCACGAAGAGGAAAAGCAAAUCAAUCAAUCAAUCAAAAAAUCAUUUAUUUCAAGUAGGCUCAGUUUACAAGCACUUUUGACACGUCAGUUGACUAUUUGUAAAGAUUCUACCACCGGUUCGGAAGGCAGGUUCUGCUGAGAAGAUACCGGCAAGAAACUCAACAGUUGCUCUUUUGAAAAAGUCAUACAGUAUUAUAAUUUACAAUUGAUAACAAUUACAAUUUAUUAUAGUUUUAUUUCCUGUGUGAAGGUGGAAGCUGAUCCAAUGGCCUCCAAGCGAGCAUCUUUAAGGAACUCAUCAAUGUUGUAGUAACCUCGACUAAGUAAAUGUUUUUAACACAUUGCUUAAAGCUAUGCAUUGGCAGGUCCAUCACAGUCUUGGGGAUCUUGAUAAAGAAAAGUACACCCAAACCUACAAAAGAUUUUUUUACUCUUUGGAGACGAUAUGCAGAAAUAACUGACUUAUGCCCGUGUCUAAGCUACAAUAUUAUUCUACAUGCUAACCAGACCAAAGCCCCUUUUUUCACACUGGGCACUGGGCUCUACGAUCGAUGACCUCCCGGUAUUUGGGAUCCCAGGAUAAGAUUGAUCAAGUACAUUUCUAUGGAGUCCUAAUCCAUAGUAGUCCGGUAAGGACUCGAUCGAUCUUUCGUAUAGUCUUUCAAGAUGCAUUCUUUCUGUGGUAGGGAGCAUCAUAAUUUCAUCAAUAGAUUUAUUAAUCUAGAUUCUUACCUACAAAAACUAUUAUUUAUUUAUAAAAAUCUAACAGUGCAAUACAUAUUCUUUAAGUUUUAAUCACUGCUCCGUAAUCUUUUCCGUAUUGAAAAAGCCAGUACUUACAUAAUAAAAUGUUGAAAGAGAGAUUAUUGAUUUAACCUAAUGUAGGAAAUAGGAAUCUCAGACGGAUAUGACGUCAGGUGGCGCGACUUGUUUCCGUAUAGAGUGGGGAGUUAGAGGGGUACCGAUCGGUUUGCGGGAACGACUUGCGAUCUAAGGUGCUCGUCGCGCUGUCGGCUUUAGUAUACUCGUAGCGUUCGAGCUGUCCACAUUUUUUGUUGAGUAAUUCUUUAUUGGUUACUUGGGAUAGGCGGGGAAAGUCACUUGAGUGGAAAAGGGGAGUGUUGGUUAACUGUCAAGGUCGCCCUUAACCCUACACACAACGUUCACAAGUGCGUGACUCCACUCAAGAUCAUUCUCUGCCAUUCUAUGGUCUUAUUUUGAUUACAGUUUGAUUUGUUAAUUAAGUUGUCCUGAGCCUGACAAAUGUUGUGAAUCAUAACCUUUUGUUGGACAUUGGUUUACUUAUUCUCUGACGGUCUGCUAAAACUAGAUAUUAGUUUAUUAAAAUUUAUUUACAAAAUAGUAAAUCAGUUUUAAUAGUAUGAACUUGAUAAAAAUGUAGCUUAUUUGGACAUAAACUUAUUGGAUCGAUGUGGAAACAGGAAAUCGAAGUUCUGUUAUUGUUAAACUACUAUUAUGUAAUUUUGUUUGAUCAUUAUGUACCUACGACUUCAUUAAUUCGUACCAUUUUGUAUGGGGCGUUUUUCAGGGAUCCGUUGCAGCGCCGUAAACCUGACCCUUUAAAUCCCUAAAAGUAAUGAUCGCAAAUUCCCUGUUACUUUCAUAAAAUUGCUUUACUAUUAGCAUACUCUUAAUUUAUAUUUUAAUUAUUAUUUAUACUCUUAAUUUAUAUAUUAAUAAUAAUAAGUGUAAUAAAACCGUUAAACAAAGUUCUACAUCUAAAUGAUAGGCAUGUUUCAUUAGAUAUUGUUUGUUUUGUGAUAAAUCGCGUCUUGCGAUGUCCACUAUGAAUUAUCAAAGGAUUAUUGUUCCAAUUCAAAUUCAAGCGUCCGUUGUAUAUUCGGCUGCUGAAAUUGAACUUCAAACUUCGAAUUUCGAUAAAAUUGCAGAUGCUUUACUUAAAAUAGCGCCAUCUUUUCCCAAAGUUUCGUGAUGAAAAGGAUGGCACUAUUUAUUUGCAAUGACCAAUGAUAAUUUUAUACUAUAGAUAGGUAGGUUACGUCCCUAUAAAAUCACCGCAAAAAGUGAUCCGAAUUUAGGUACACCUGAGCGCACACAUGCACAAUUUUGUCUAUAAUUCCAUUAUAUAUAAAUUUUUUACACUUCCUGAACACACAUUCGACUUGGACGAUAUUUAUGUACUAUUUGUUUAAAUAACGUUCGUUGUUUAUUAUGCGACUAAAUUAAAUUAAGUCAAUUUUCCACAUUUGUCCGCCUUUUGAUGCGCUUGUGUCCCAUCUCUAGUAUAAAAUAUCAUUGGCAUUGACACAAUAUUUGUCUAGGUUUACUGUAAAAUCGAAUUAUUGUAGACACGUCUGCGUAAAGAACUAAAUGAUACCUAGAGAAAAAAAAAAUCAUCAGCCAACAAUAUCUUUCCAAAAAUAUAAACAAGCUUUCCUUAAACUACAUAAGGUGUGUCAAUUGAAUAUUAAAUAGUGCCUAGCUUAGAGUAUUACUGCAGCUCAUUGUUUGAAACAAAUAUUGUUUUUAAAAAUAAUGUUUAAUAUUGUUAUACUAUUCAUUAUAGUGAAAUGAUAGAUUGUGAAGCAUUUCUUUUAAAAUAAAAAUUGUGGAAU